AUGAAGGAAGGACUCAUUCAGCUGCCAUAUCUCGCCCACAAGCUCGACUACCUCACCUCACAAUACACACAUGAACGUGGGACAAAGUCAAGAUCAAGAACCAGCCGGAGGUCAGCCCCAAACAGUCCAGUCAAGUUAGAAUGGAUGUCUGCAUCCAUUGUUCCUGGAAGAAGAAAAGUAAUAGAGGCUGACGACACAACCAUCUCAGACAUGCAGUUUGAUUAUUCGCCUAUAGAGGGCAGAAGAAGCAGUGACUUUCUGCACUUUGAUUCUGGGCUGCACUCACCAGGAGUAGCACUGUCAAGCAGAGGAUUAACAGAAAGAUCUCCAAUUUACUCGACACCGAUCCAAAAGCCACUGCUGCAGGUCAAUUAUGGCUCGUCCAGCAGCUUACCGGCAAGUUAUAAACUGAGGGACUAUCCACUUCAGCCCACGUCCUGUAACCGUAAGAGAUCGACCCAAUCAGACACCGCCCUCCUGCCCAGCAACGUUUUCUUUCAGCACACAGUGUCGCCUCUGUCUGCACCCUCAAAAUGGGGAGGAAGAACAAGAAAACACAGCCAAAACAAGGAAGAAGAUAUUCACCGCACUCUUGACAAGGCUCUUGAGGCGGCCCACAGGAUGAAGAAGACCACUGACCGGAUGGCUAAAAGUCUAUCUGCUGACUUGGUCAAAGAAAAACAGAAAAGACUGUAUAAGGGAAGAAAGUACCAUGAUCUGUAA